AUGCGUUCUGUAGCAUCCAGCGGCGGCGCCAUCUCGGGUGCUGUAACACCCGACAUGAUGAACAACUUCCACACCUUCAUCCAGUACACGGCGGCGGCCUACUGCAACUCGGACCCCCUCCAGACCAGCACCUCGAUCUCCUGCACUAACGAUGCCUGCCCCCUCAUUCAAACGCAUGAUACCCACAUCGUGACGGCUCUGGAUAUUACCGAGGGGCAGGAUGGGGGCUACAUCGCGCUCGACAACACGGCAAAGACGAUCGUAGUCGCUUUCCACGGCAGCAGCAACGUUGGUGACUGGAUAACAAACCUCGACGUCGGCUUGGUAGACUCGCCUCUGUGCUCCGGCUGCAAAGUUCACAAAGGCUUCCAGGACUCCUGGUCCGACAUCCAGCAGACCGUCAUGGCGAUCGUCCCUGGACUUCGUAGCGUUCAUGCCGACUACAACAUCGUCACCACGGGCCACAGUCUGGGUGCGGCCCUGGCCACGCUGUCGGCGGCCCAACUCCGCCAGAGUAUGGGUAUCCCUAUCGACACUUACCUCUACGGGUCUCCGCGCAUCGGCAACGAGGAUUUCGUUGAGUUCUUCAACGGUCUGCCGGGCCAGACGUUCCGCGUCACCCACUGGGACGAUCCGGUGCCGCGACUGCCGGGUCACCAGUUUGGCUAUUACCACGUCGACACAGAAUAUUGGCUCUCGGUGGGGGGUGCCGACAAGAUCGACUACACGCCUGAAGAGGUCUUAGUCUGUCAGGGGUCGUAUAACACGAAUUGUAACAGCGGCACCCAGUUUACUAACCUCGACCUCGACGCACAUUAUCGGUAUUUCCAGCGGGUUGCGGCGUGUAAGGCGUAA